GAAUUAAAAAACAAAAAGAACCACGCUGCCAUCCUAAACAAGAGCAGAAGAGAACUACAGUCGUCGGGACGCUGCAUGGGUUAGUUACAAAUACAACAAAUACAAAUUUUUAUUCAGGGAACAUAAGUGAAAAUGGGUGAUCGUUAUAAUAUUCACUCCCAGCUGGAGCAUUUGCAGUCAAAAUACAUUGGAACAGGUCAUGCAGAUACAGCGCAGUUUGAAUGGUGUGUCAAUCAACAACGUGAUACAUAUGCUUCAUACAUGGGUCACUUUGAUAUGCUGAAUAUGAUUGCAAUAGGAGAAAAUGAAACAAAAGCACGUGUUCGUUUCAAUAUGAUGGAAAAAAUGGUACAACCUUGUGGACCACCACCUGAAAAGAAUGAAGAUUGAAGUAUUGUACUGUAUUUAUAUACAGUACUGCAUAUGCAUUAAUGAUGAGUAUACUAUUUUACAAGUAAAAUAUUAGCAAA